AUGAGAAAAGAGACUUUUAUGUACUUAUGUAAAGAGUUGGAUAAAGAAGUGCGUAAAAAAGAUACUCACCUUCGUUGUGCCAUCACUGUUGAGUUAAGAGUUGCAAUUACAAUCUGGUUUCUCUCUACUGGUACACCGUACCGAGUUCUGGCACAUUUAUUUGGUGUAUCCAGAUCAUCUAUUUGUCUUAUUAUCAGGCAAGUAUGUACUGCAAUUGUUAAAGUUUUAAUGAGGAAGUACAUCAAAUAUCCGUCAGGAAGUGCUCUUAUUUCUGUAAUAGAUGGUUUUAAGGCUAAGUGUGGGUUUCCUAAUUGUGGAGGUGCAAUAGAUGGUAGUCAUAUACCCAUCUCUUCACCUGUGGAAUUUCAUAGUGACUACUACAACAGAAAAGGAUGGUACUCAAUGAUAAUACAGGCAGUAGCUGAUCAUAAGUAUCGUUUUCUGGACAUUUAUAUUGGUUGGCCUGGUAGUGUGCACGAUGCACGUGUUUUUGUUAACUCUCCCAUUUAUAAUAAAGGGAUGGAUGGAAAUUUAUUUAAUGGCCUAACAA